AUGGCUGCGAUAUCCAAGACGGCAAAAAAGCGAUCUGCAGCAUCCCAAGCCGGUCCUUCUAGCAAGAAAAUCCACCUGAAUGUACCUCAAGGGUCUGAAAAGAAACGAAGUCGACCUGUAACCCAACUUGCACCUGAAGAUGGUUCUGGCUCUGAUUCCGAUGAAAUAGACGAAGACGAUGCGGAGAAACAGGAUGAUGAAAUAGUCGAUGACAAGGGCAUGGAUGUAGUUGAGGAAAAAGCGAUCAAAGAUCCACUAGCGAUACGCGAGGCUCGUAAGGCACAAAAGAUUCUUCAAGAGCAACGGAAGACGGCAAAACCUCAUUCGUCGCUUUUAACGGAGGCCAAGAGAGUGUGGUCACUCGCACGACAGAAAAAUAUACCAGCUUCCGAACGGCAAAAACAUAUUCACGAUCUCAUGGAUGUUAUACGCGGAAAAGUGAAGGAUAUCGUCCUAAAACACGACGCCAGCCGGAUAGUUCAGACUGUUGUCAAGCACGGCAAGCAAAAGGAACGAGAUGAAGUAGCUGUCGAGUUGAAGGGGAAGUAUAGGGAUCUAGCUCAGAACAAAUACUCAAAAUUCCUUGUCACCAAGCUCAUCAGACAUUGUCCCGCUCAUCGAACAUCCAUUCUUCUCGAAUUUCAGUCACACACCCUGCGAUUACUUCUUCACCGAGAGGCAUCUUCGGUACUAGCCGAUGCUUUCGAGCUAUACGCCAAUGCGUACGAGCGGACGUUGCUCCUUCGUGAUCUCUAUGGAAAAGAGGCUACCUUGUUCAGUGUAACAUCAGGCAGUAUUGAAGACAAGGAGCGCGCGAAGAAGGGAUUAAGCGGUGUCUUGCAAGAUGGAGACAAGGAACGACGGAAGCGAGUUCUUAAUGCGACUAAAACAGGAUUAAUGUCAAUAUUCAACAAUCCCGACAAAGGUGCUGUCACGCACGCAAUUGUGCAUCGUGCCUUAUGGGAAUAUAUCGUAGCUGUUAAUGAAAGUGAAGGAGAGGAACGUGAGAAGCAAUUUCGCGAAAUGUUUGAGUGUUGUCAGGAAGUUUUGGCCGAGUUGGUCCACACGAAAGACGGGAGUCGAGUUGUGCGCGAGUUUCUCGCCCGCGGAACGGCGAAAGAUCGAAAACAGAUUCUCAAAGUACUCAAGCCACACAUUCUGAAGAUGUGCACGAAUGAGGAGGCUCAGCUGGUCCUGUUCACGGCUAUAGAUGUAAUUGAUGACACAAAACUUGUGUUGAAAACCCUAGUUCCCGAGAUCACGCAAGCAGCGGAUACGUUAUAUCCUUCGCCACAGGGUCGAAGGGUGCUCCUCUAUCUAAUGGUUCCUCGUACCAGACGACACUUCACUCCCGCGCAGAUAACUUCGAUAACGGAGACUGAUGAAAUCAGAUCUCGAACGAGUAAAAAGGAUGCAGACAUCCGACAAAAUGAAAUACGCGUCGGCGCCAGCGAGCCUCUACUUGCAUGGAUAUCUGAGAAUAGUGAAAAGAUUAGCCGGGAGCCUGGCGGAAGCCUUGUCAUCCCUGAGAUUCUGCUUUAUGCGGUUGGUGACAAGUCUAAAGCGGUCGACGCCCUCCUCAAAACAGCUGCGGCUCCUUAUCCGUCAACUGACCUCGCUAACCCACACGUUAUCGAUCUUCCACAUACUUCACGCAUGUACAAGACACUCCUCCAGGGCGGGCACUACAACCGAGCGAGCAAUGCCGUUGAAAAGGUGCCCGGAUGGGAUUCGGCCUUUUUUGCGGAUCAGCUCGUUGAGACUCUAGGGCAGGAUGUGGUCGUCGGGAUGUGUACAAAGGGUGAGCGGAAUGGCGCCUUCGUGGUUGCCGAGGCGUUGAGUGGAGGUAACGCAAAGCGUUUGGUGAAGGGUUGGUUUGGCGCCGAUGUGGUCAAGAAGAUUGAGGAGGGUGAUAUGAAGGGUAAGAAUAUGUUAUUAGAGAAGAUACGCCAACUGUAGACUGGUGCGGUUAUUUCAACGGUCGCAGGCCUUGGAUGGUAGAUAAGAAAGUUCUUAUUAUGCACUGAAGUGGCCUUUUGGCUCCUGAGCACUUAAUGCAAUGCUCUCAUCGAAGGGCCUAACUUCUCUAGCUGUGCCUGUAGGGACCACGAUAGUAAAAACGCGGCUUAGACUAAAAGAAUAUAGAGUUAAUAUAUGACGAGACGACUUGUAAAGUAGACAGCCA